AUGAACCCCCAGGACUUGAGCUGCUGUUUCAAGAUCGACUUCAUUGAAGCGAAGCAACAUGCGCCUCCUCAGUCGUUCCCUAAUGGAGAUUACAAGCCGCCAGUCCAACCCGAUCAUUACACCCUGCGGGCCUCGACUGGGUGGUACCACUUGACGACAAAUAGUGUUACGCAGGAAUUUACACCACCCCCAAACAUGACCCAGGCUUAUUCGACCUCGGUAUUUUACGAUGGUGCCAAUACGAAACGCUUCCUCUUCCAUCCAGCAGACUGCCGAUUGGUCGACAUUUCAAACAUUGAGCGUGAGGCAGCCGGAGACAUGUGGGGAUGGCGGAAACUUUGUUUUACAGAGAAAGACGCAAACCACAGCGUCCUGGACCAUGAUGGCGAAUACGAUUCGUUGUGCGGUGGUGGAGGAUCCUACGUUCCGCACCUCUUGCCACCCUGUUACAAGUCAGAGGUGAACAACAAUCAUUGCGGGCUCUCGGGGAAAAUGAGUCUCUUGCUAGCUCUGACAGCAUUUUCAUGCGCUCAACCCAACGUGAUAUACGCGAUUAAACACAGACUCAACAUCAGAGAGAGGAGAUGGGACCACGUCGGUAACUUGGGCAAUGGGUGUAAAGUCUAA